UGCAGAAUAGGAGCCGUCCACAACCACUCUUUGCAUUCUGUGGGCAAGCCAGGUCUGGAUCUACAAUGUUCCCCUGUAUCACAUGCCUCCUUAGUUUCUCAAUAAGCCAUGCAUGGAGUACUUUAUCAAAUCCCUUGCCGAAAUCCUUAUACAGCACGUCUACUGUUCUUCCUCCAUCAACGUGUUUAGCCACAUCCUCAAAAAAUUCAAUCAGGCUCGUACGGCACUAGCUGCCCUUGACAAAGCCAUUCUGACUGUUCCUAAGCAUAUCAUAACUCUCAAAAUUUCCAUAAAUCUUGCCUCUCAGGAUCUUCUCUAUCAACCUACCCACAAGAGAGGUAAGACGCACUGGUUUAUAAAUUUUAUAAAUUUUCGGUCAAUCUCUACUACCUUUCUUGAAUAAAGGAAUAACAUCAGCAACCCUCUAAUCCGCCGGAACCUCUCUUAAUAUUUACAUGCUGAAACUUUUCAGUCUGCUGCAAGUAAUCACGACUAUCACCAAGAUCCUUUUCAUAGUAAACCUUUUCCGUAGUAAAUACAGAAGCAAAGUAUUUAUUAAAUACCUCUGCUAUUUCAUCCGGUUCACUCGUUAGAUCCUUCCUGUUAGCCUUCUAGUCUUCGAAAUCUAUAACAUUAUCUAACUCUCGGAACCAGUCCUAAGCUUUUCUUUUCUUCUUGACAGAGAUUGGUCUCUCUCCGAUCACUUCCGAUCGAGACUAGCAGACUCUUGGGAAUAAUAUCAGGAGAUGAACAGGAACCGGUGACAAUAUCGAAUAAAUGUCAAUGAGUUGCAUGCCAACGUUGAAUCCAGGAUAACCGUGACUUCCCCUCUGGAACUCCCGCAGACCACCUGCCUCAAGAAUGCUUAGACGUUCAAAAAGAACUUCUCUAUCCCGGAAAGCGAAUUAUUCUGCCAACUGAGCUCAGAGAUGCAGAGAAUCCUCGACAGGAUGGACGACAGCGAGACCCACAUGAAUAAGAAGCCCAGAAUAACUGGCUCACGGGCUCCUUCCCGAGACCAUCAGACCUCCACCUACACCGAGCUGAACAUUCUCGCAGAACAUCAGACCUCCACCUACACCGAGCUGAACAUUCGGAAAGGCGAACGCCUCACCAAUACACACGCAGAUGGUCUGGACCCCACCUACUCUCAGUUGAACCUUCGCAACAAUGAUCUUCUCAUCGCUAAGGAUGAAGAUCCUCCGGUCACGUCGAGUGCAGGGGAAAAGCCAGUGACUGCUCAGGCAGGUCCGCAUAAACAGGAGCCGAAUGAGAACAUUGGAAAUAGACCGGAUCGUAAGAUCUGCCUGCACAGCCUAGUGACGUCCGUCCUCUUCGUGGCCGUGGUCGGGCUGUCGAUCUAUGUGUCACAGAUUCGUCAGUCUCAGAUCACAUCCAGCCGAAACUUACAGCUCCUUCGGGAAGAAUAUCGCGAGAUGAACAGGACCCAGCGCCAAUGUCGACUACAAGUCCUUGAGUUAAACUCAACCCUUGAAUCCACAAUAUCCGAGAAUUCCCUCCUGAAUCUGACCCAGGGAACCUGUCUCAACUAUCUUUCUGCGCUCAACUCUAAUCUGUCCGUUCUUAAACGAAGAAACACUGAACUUCGUAACCAGGUUAUUCAGGUGAAAAAGAAGUACAGAUCUGCCAACGAAACCAAGGCUCAAAUUUGUCAAUUGUUGACCGGCACAAGAGUGCAUCCGUGUCCUCAGAACUGGAUCAAUAACGGAAGUCGGUGUUAUUUCAUAUCCUCCAUGGAGAAAGCUUAUGAUGGAGCGAGGGAACAUUGUUCAAACUUUAAUGCAAGGCUCCUCGAAAUAAAUUCAAAAAAGGAAGAGGAUUUUGUUUCCACAUCCAUCGGCUAUGUAUACAGAACUUACUGGAUUGGAAAAUGCAGAGACGGGAAUGUGGACUCUAAUGUUCUCGACAAGUCCUUUGGAUGGUCCAGCUGCAGUAAAUGCAACGCGUACCGGGGCUACAAUAAUUGCAAAAGUAAUUACAGAUUCAUCUGCGAGAAGUCGGAUAUUCCUGCAGAGAUCAGAGGUCUCUGUCAACACCCCGUGGAGAAGACUUAAAUCAAAUGAAUGCACCCCACCUCUCCCCAUUCAAUCUAACCCACUCUCAAACCCCCAUCCUUUUACUCCUUACCACCCUCUCUUCCCCUCCUUCCUACCCCAGUCUCCUCCUCUAAUCGCAUCCCCAUUCUUCCCCACUACUCACCCUCUCCCCAUCUAGACCACUCUUCACCCUUCCCGCCCCGCUCUCCGCUCCCCCCAUUUACUCCCCCUUUCUACUCUCUUUGUCCUUCUCCUCAACUCAUUCCGCUUCUGCUCUGGCUCUGUCUCCCUCGGACCCCACUCUCUGCCUCUCCGCUCUCCGUUCUCUCCACACACUCUCACCUCAAUUCUGUGCACUCAGUCUCUCAAUUCCCCAACCCAGGUGGGAAAGACUGUGCACAUUCACCCUAUCUGUACCCCUCCUGGAUUCAUAACCACAAUCCAGGGAAUAUAGACUCAUCCGUCCUUCUUGCCUUCUCUCCGUAUCUUCGACUCUCGAGACCCGGCAACAUCCUCGUAAAUCUCCCCCCGCACUCUCUCCAGCUCAGUGGCAUCUUUCCUACAGGAGGGGGACCAGAACUGUACACCGCCCUCCAAGCGCCGCCUCACCGAAGCAUUGAACAACUUCAACGUGACCCCGGGACGAUGCAAAGAUGUAAAAUUAACGUAAAUUGGGAGAAUUAAUAAA